CUCAGAUGAACCAUCUGGUCCCCCCCUCGCUUAAAGAACCUGUUACCAGCUUCUUCACACACCGGCCUCCGGCACUCGCUCUCUCACUAAAAACAUAGGCUACCUGUUCACUCACUCGCCUUGAUUAGCAUUUGCUGUCGGGAGGUUAGUUGAGUGUGAAGAUCUGCUUCUUCCUGGUAGAUUUCCUAGUUUAUUUUUUCUUGUGACUUCUUGGAGUGGAGUCGGGCUGCCAUGGCGUGGGUGAGACGUGUGUUUGGACCCGGGAUGUCAGUCUGUCUCUGGGCUUUGUGUCUGUCCCUUAGUCUCAUCUGGACUUGUCAGGUGACCCAGGCAGCCAUCUACAGACACACAGGUACAGUAGAACCUUGAUUAUAUACACACUUAGAAAAAAAGGGUUCAUGAAGGGUUCUUCUGUUUUUUUGGUUCCAGGUAGAAAUGUUUCACGCAACGAACAACCCUUUUGUAAAAAAGGUUCUACCUGGAACCAAAACAAGGGUUCUCCAUCAAGGACAGCUGAAGAACCCGCUCUGGUAGUGCGCCAGAGUGGGCUGACGUUGCUGGUAACUUGUCGUUUCUCUUUUGGUGCACAGGCUGUUUUUGUUUUUUCACAAUACAUUUCGUUUUACCUUUCUGUAAAAUCUUAUAUAGAAUAUAUUUAGGCUUUGGUCAAAUAUAAACAUUUUGCACACAUUUCUUCCAUCAAUUGAAUAGUGACUUGACAAAACAAAACUCCACAUAAAUCCCCUUAAUAAAUCAGCGUAGAUAAAGAUACACAUUGUGUGUUGUAAUAUCAAUAAAAAGCACAUCUGUGAUAAUGCAUUUUCACAUACACUGUAUGAAUCCAUUUCUCAAUUUGGGUCACCACUUCUUUGGUAUGGAAAGCUUUACUGUUCAGCAGUUAAGUGUAACAUUUCCAUCUACCGGCCAACUGAAAUAAUGCUGACAGCGCAUGGCGUGAUACUGUAGGGCAGGCCUACUUAUUCAGGGUCAGUUUGGUAUCACUCUUGUGAGUUUAUUUGUUAAUCCUUGCAAUUAUGCAUGCCAUAGCCAGAUAAAUUGAAAGUGCAAUCUAACAACCUGUACCUUUAUCAAUGUCAAUUGAUCUCUGUAUUCUUUGACUGCAGGUCCAUGUAUUUACAAGGAGGUUCAGUUUCAGCCUGGACAGACCUUCUACAGGGGCUGUGACAAGUGCUACUGCCACGAAAAUGGCUACUUUUGCCUCUCGUGAGUAAACGAACCAAAUGAAUGGCUAGGUUAAAAGAGACAUAUGAAAAUAUUGAGUACUGGUAUGCAACAGUGAAAUAGCUGGUAAAACCAAAACAGGAAUUCUGUUGUUGCCAAUAUCACAACGUGCCUUGUUUCUGUUUGUAUCCCCAGCCCGAUGAAACCUACCACAUGGCCCAACAAGUGCCAGCGGGUUCCGACAGAGUGUGGCUACCGCAUCGUUUAUAAGGAGUUGCCGGAGGUGGAGUGUCGUGCAUACAGCUGGAUCCGGUGAUAGGAAGACAGACACCGACGCCCCCUUCAGUCAAAAUACAAGAUGGCAAGACUCUGGCAGUGGACAACCCUUUUAAUGAAGCAGUUACGAUGCAGAGAACAUACCACACCCGACCUUCAAUUUGGGAAUUGGUUCUCUCAAAAGGAGGAACCAAUUCCCAAAUUGAACAACCCAACUCCCAAAGUUUCAUCUUUGGUCUGAAUGAAUGUGAGUUGGGCGCCAGAAUGUGUGCACAAUAUUGACUGUAAAAACAUUUACCUGUACCAAAGGACCUCCUCAAUUGGCAUGGAUUCUAAUAAUGUGUUAAACACAAGUACCGUAAAAGUAGCAACCAACUCCAGUAUACAGUCCCCUAUCGUCCCAAUAUGCUUGUUCAAAUUCCUGCCCUUGUGGUCUUACUUUAGUGGCCACUGAUACAUGGGACCAACUGAGUAGAUUGGUGGACUGCAUUGCCAUUCUAAGAGGACAGACCAUGUAUCACCUCGUGACAAGUACGCAAGACAAAUGGCGUCGAGUUAUACAUGUCGACGCUAUUACACUCCACUGCCCAAGUGUGGAUGCCCAUAUCACCCCAACCAGACAUCCGUCAUUACUGCGCAGUGUUAAAGGUCUAUAGCUGUUUCCCCAUUAUAUUUUCCUAUCUGUUUCUUCGUAGGUGUACAGUCUUCUAUAUGACAUUGACUAAGUGGAGCUGUCGCACACUGAUAGGGUUUCAAUGUGAAGGUAGCGAGAGCGCCAUCAGUCAACUUCAAACGUAGGCUGGGUUUACACUUCCCUAGGCGUACUCCAUAGAGGCUCCGCAACCGCUCUGCGACUUCACACACACGCCACAGAGAUUUCGGUUCAUGUCAGAAUUUGCAACUUUAUGCAAGCGUCAGUGACGUAUUGCUAAGCAUCCUAGCCUCACUCAUCACUUGGCUAAGGAGAUGCAUGCCGAUAUUUCACCGUUCA